GUAGCUCGGACCGUGACGGAGCGGCGGUGAUUGCGAACGUGCAGCGGGCGGAGAGAGAACUACCGGCGCCCGGGAGGAAGCGGGGGUGGUGGGGCCGGCAGCGGGGCAGAGGCCCGGGAGCGGGAUGCGGUGGAGGCCCGGGAAGGCCGCUUCGUUGCUUGGGGUUGCGCUAUGCACCCGGCCGUGGCGGUGUGUUUGGUGUUCUGCGGCUGCUGCAGCAACGUGGUGUUCUUGGAGCUGCUGGUCAGGCAGUUUCCAGGAUGUGGGAACAUAGUGACAUUCUCCCAGUUCCUAUUUAUUGCAGUGGAAGGCUUUAUCUUCGAAGCCAACUUUGGGAGGAAGCGGCCGGCCAUACCAAUGAGGUACUACCUCAUCAUGGUGGCCAUGUUCUUCACUGUCAGUGUGGUGAAUAACUAUGCUUUGAACUUAAAUAUUGCCAUGCCACUGCACAUGAUCUUCAGAUCAGGCUCUCUCAUAGCAAGCAUGGCUCUAGGUAUCAUCAUUUUGAAAAAAAGAUACAGUUUGUCAAAAUACACGUCCAUAGCCCUGGUUUCCAUGGGGAUCUUUACCUGCACUUUCAUGUCUGCAAAGCAAGUGGCAUCUGACCCCAGCUUGAAUGAAGAGGAUGGACUCCACGUUUUCUUGUGGUGGCUUCUAGGUAUUGCUGCACUCACCUUCGCCCUCCUCAUGUCUGCAAGAAUGGGAAUUUUCCAGGAGACACUGUACAAGCAGUUUGGGAAGCACUCCAAAGAGGCCCUUUUUUACAAUCAUGCGUUACCACUCCCUGGCUUUGUCCUCCUGGCCCCAAACAUCUACCACCAUGCAGUUCUCUUCAGCCAGUCUGAGCCAUUCCAGAUCCCAGUGAUUGGGCUGACCAUGCCAAUCAUGUGGUUCUACCUCCUCAUGAAUGUCAUCACUCAAUACGUCUGCAUUCGGGGCGUCUUCAUCCUCACCACGGAGUGCACCUCCCUCACCGUCACGCUGGUGGUGACGCUGCGCAAAUUCGUCAGCCUCAUCUUCUCCAUCCUCUACUUCCGCAACCCCUUCACGGCCUGGCACUGGCUGGGCACUGCCUUCGUCUUUGUGGGGACUCUCAUGUACACGGAGGUGUGGAACAGCCUCGGGCCCAUCCUGGCCCGCUGGAGGAAGAGGCCAAAGGAGGAAUAGCAGCUGGUUACUCUCUGCAGGGACCUUUUUAUUGUUUUAUCGAGCAGAGCAGCAGGAAAUCCCCCUGAAGGGGGGGUCCUUUUUAUAACACAGGGGAGGUGUUGGCUGUGCCAUGCUCCUGGGAAACAUGGAGCCUCUGCUGGGAACCUGCCUGGAAUAAUGGAUCGUGGUGGGAGGAUACGGUUACUUUUGAGAGGGUGCAUUUUGUUAUGCAGCCCCUUUUGCUUCCCCCCACUUUUUAUUUUUUCUCUUCACAUUUAAAUAACCCUUUUAAAGUAAAUUAAAAGCUGACCCGGUUCUUGAUUAGGAUCCCAACCUUGUGCUUUUCUCCAGUCCUCCCAGCUUUGUUGAGCUGAACCCUGAGCCCGUUUGGUGCUGUCCUUUAACAGCCAGGUUACUGUAGUGGAUGGCUGAGCCCCAGGGAGCCAUCAGACACUGCUGUUUUAAGGAGCAGGUUUUUAGUUAUACUGGAAAUGCCAGGCCUGGCUGUUAACAGUCUCUGCUGCCUGAUCCUACCACUUUUGCUGGGAGGACAUUGGUUACAACCCAUAGCUUCCACCUUCUCCAGCCUGCCUGGUAGACUCUACCAGGGGGUGGCUUUGGGGACUUACCUCCAAGCUACCAAGCUCCUGUCACUAUAAUAUCAUGAUGUUGUGCUGAUACCUAAUGAGGUGGAGGGUGUCAGGGGUUCCUGCUUCUGUUAGUCCUUAGUGUGGAUCACUUUUCAGCCACAUCUUCCUCCUUUUUCCAUCAUCCCAAGCGUGGUCAGAGGGGAAUUUGUAACCUGCAGUCAGCUGCAGUGAGUUGUGCUGAACCACCUGCCAGCAUAGAAUCGUGGAAUGAUUUGGCUUGGGAGGGACCUUUUAUGAACCCCUUAGUUCUAACCCCAUGCCAUGGGCAGGGACACUUCCCACUAGAAAGGUUGCCUAAAGCCCCAUCCAACCUGGUCUUGAGCACUUGGAGGGAUGGGACCUCCACGGCUUCUCUGGGCUGUCUGUUCCAGUGCCUCCCCACCCUCAGAGUAAAGAAUUUCCUUCUAACACCAAAUCUAACUCUUAUUUUAAAAUGGUUACCCCUUGCCCUAUCACUACACACCUCAGGGUACAACUAUUGCCAAGGAAUUUUAGAAGAGCCAGAACAGCUGAGCUUACCUCCGUUGCUGGGAAGGGGCUGGUUUUUCUGUCCCUUCACCUGGCUCUCCCCUUUUCUUUCAGUCUCCCACUCCUUGGGGAACAGCUUCACUGAUGACAUUUCUGUGCAUCCACCUGGUGCAGGACAGGUGUCCCAUAGCAUCACCUCUUGCAUGACAUGUGGAAAACUUGCAAGAGCUUUGGAUGCAUGUCUUCCAGCAAGGCAAAGAGCAGUACUGUUCUAGGAGCUGUUCACGGUUGAGCAGAGCAAAGGCUGGUGAGCAGCCUUGUCUUUCUUGGGCUUGGAGCAGCAGGGGAGCACAUGCAUGGAUUUUAUUGUCUUGAUUUUCCUUUAGCACCAUGGUUACUUCAUUGUGAUGCUUCCCCUCCUCAGCCAUGAGAGCAUCCGGUAGUGUCAAGUUGAUCACAUCAAGCUUGGUCGAGGGAAGACAGCACUUAAACUCUGAUAUCACCAAAAUCCUCGUGGCUUUUGACUUCAGUAUUCACACCCCCUCCAACUUGAGAGGUGUGGUGGUGCUGGUGGUGCAUUGCUCCUGUCAACAACAAAGCACCACACAGCCCUGGGUGUCACUCACUGCCUCCCAGUUAAACCAAUGCCAACCACUCCCCAAGCAAUGGCUACCAUCCCAAAACUCAUUCCCCUCCAUUUUAUUGCUGAUUUUUAUUGAGAGCAGCUGUGGGGCUGUCCCCCAGCUUAUUGCAGUACCCUCAUAGAGAGGGCAGAGUGGGGGGGGGAAAUGAGAAAGCAUUGACCCUGUGCUGCUCAGCAAUAGGUUAAACAUUGGUGUACUGUUAGCAUUAACUCCAUCCCAGCCAGAACCAGUAGCUGUUGGGACCUGCAGCUCAGGUCCCAAAAUGAUGAAGGUUUUUUCCUUCUGGUUUGAUUUCUCCUGAGCCUGAAGAAACCUUUUGUAUUUUGCAUCAGAAAUGGGAUAUUUCAAAGGAUUUUCUGGACGUGGCAACUGUUCCCCAACAGCUUCCCUGCAUCUCAUGCAGCUCAGCUCUUGCUCGUGGCUGUGGUUUUUGCAGCCAGGGUUGAGGAGUUAGCAAAACAACAGCUGAGCAGGUGCCUGAGUGCCUGUAACAUACUGUACAUAGCCUACUCUCUAGGUUGUUGCCCUUGUAUCAACAAAAUUGCAUGUUGUCUCCCAUUUCUGUGUGAUGAUGGUACAUUUGGGGAUGUUUGGGUUCCUUUUUUUUUUUAACCUGUAAUUCUCUCAGACCAGAUAUCAGUCAUGGGUUAUAUUUUUGUUGUUAUCCCAUACUUUUUUUUUAACUGUCUGUAGCGUGUUUCUGUGUGUUUCCAAAUAUUUAUUGUUGUAGAAGUGUCAGCCAUUCCCUUCCUGCUGUGGGAGAGCUCCCCUGGUUGUGAGGUGAAGGGAAGGUCCGUGCAGAAGUGCCCCAAUAGCCAAAAGUAGUAUUUAAAUCCUCCCCACCCAGAAUGGGGGUACUGAUUUGUUUGGGUUUCACAUUUGCAAUAGAAAUGAUAGAAUGAUAGGUCACAUUUUUUUUUAGCAGAGGCAGGCAAAGCAAUGAGCCAAGGUGCUUUUAGACCAGUACUUUGGAUUGACAGAGCUUUUGGGUUGGCUGGUUGGGUUUGAGGGUAUUUUCGAUGUUGUUGGGGUUUUGUUUUGUUGAACAAAAUAAAUAGCUCCUGUUCAAAGCA